GGGCGUGAGGUUGUCAGUGGGCACUCUGGCUAACAAAAAUGUCUGCAUACGCUACUACGCGACAUCACUCGCCCUCAGCAUUCUCAGCUUCAGCAUCGACAACAUUAUAUCGUCGUCUGACAUGGGAGGGCACCGUUCCUCUCGAGAUUCGUGUCGAUCCAAAUGAACUCCCAGCCAAUUCAGACCGUGGUCUCGAAUGCUACUACAUGCAAGCACCAAGAGUCAGCUAUCUGCCUCUCUUGGUGCCUGAAAUACGUCGGUUUCUGAUGGAUGUCGUCUUUGACGAGGCUGCAUCCAAGAUGCUCAAGGAGGAGGACUGGUGGUUUGAGAGUGAAUCGCGCACAUUGAUCAAAUGGCACUGGCCGAUAGGCCUCAUUUAUGAUAACCAUAUUAUUUCAUCUUCGAUCAAACCAUCCGCUCAAGGGUCUACAUCCUAUUUGAACAUGCAGGUCACGCCCCUCAAACUCAUCCUGCAUCUCGCAUCGCCUCCUACAGAUAAGCUCCUCCUGUCACCUAGUGCCGAGGCAUGUAAGCAGGCGUUCAUGGGUCAGCUGAAGGAAGCCGACUUCCUCAGGUGGGGAAACACGAAGAGAAUGACCAGCUUAAGGAAGGCUGAGCAAGACGGUAUUUGGGAAGGCGUUAAAGAACAUAAUUUCGAUGAUUACUGGCGUGUUGCAGCCAAAGUAACACCGACGAUCGCACCUGCUCGACCGAACUCGCCCCCACCUCCGCCAUCGGGAUCCAUGCACACUCGCCCUCCUUCCGCCGACCCUCAGGUGGCACCUGACAGAGACGGCGCCUACAAUGUCCGAAGUGUACCGGUAAGGCUAUACUUGCCUGAUGGUCCGGUAUUACAGGAUCUCGUCCCACCCAUGCUCGAAGAUGGAUCUCCGCAUACCCUCGGGCAUUAUUUAUCCACGCACAUUCCCCUGCUUUUCCCCCCUUCGUCUUCUUCCGACUCGGAUCUCGCUUUCGCACUGAUUCACGGUGUUCUCGCGCCAUCUGAAGCUGAAAUGGCAUGGCUUGGGGCUUGCAUGCCAGGAGCUGACGGGUGGAUCAAUGUUUGUGUAGGUAUUGCUCAAUAAGAUGGACAUCUUAGAUAUUUGUUCUCUCCAGUUAGUUUACUUCUCGCUGUUCAUAAUAGUGGUGUUGUUUUGAUAACUCUAAUGGAUAAGUAUACCCGUUUU